CCGCGGCGCGCCUGGGAGCUGGAGGCGUCCCCGAGCCGACGGCGCGGCUGCCUGCGUGGUCCGAAAGCCCAGGCGCCGCGGAGACCCAUGUAGCAACGUCAGGCGGCGGCUGCGCCCGCAUCAUGGAAGGCAGCCCCGCCCGAGCCCUAGCCCGGGUCGCCACCGACCUCCACCGCCUCCUAACCCCAGUCUACCAGCUCCCGCUGCUGUUCUCCUGGCGCCGUCGUCUCCUCACCUCGAAGCCAACAUGAAGGAGACCCGGGGCUUCGGGAGCGCCCCUUUCUGCACCCGCCUCAACCACUCCUACCCGGGCAUGUGGGCGCCGGAGCGCUCUUCCGAGGCGCGGGGCAACCUCACGCGCCCCCCGGAGACCGGUGAGGAUUGCCGCUCCGUGUCCGUAGUCUUCCCGAUCACCAUGCUGAUCACCGGCUUCGUGGGCAAUGCGCUGGCCAUGCUGCUGGUGUCGCGGAGCUACCGGCGCCGGGAAAGCAAGCGCAAGAAGUCGUUCCUGCUGUGCAUUGGCUGGCUCGCCCUCACGGACCUGGUGGGGCAGCUGCUCACCAGCCCGGUGGUCAUCUUCGUGUACCUGUCCAAGCAGCGCUGGGAGCACCUCGACCCGUCGGGGAGGCUGUGCACUUUCUUUGGUCUGACCAUGACUGUCUUUGGGCUCUCCUCGCUCUUCAUCGCCAGCGCCAUGGCCGUCGAGCGGGCGCUGGCCAUCCGAGCGCCGCACUGGUACGCGAGCCACAUGAAGACGCGCGCCACCCGCUCGGUGCUGUUCGGCGUGUGGCUGGCGGUGCUCGCUUUCGCCCUGUUGCCCGUGCUGGGCGUGGGCCAGUAUAGCAUCCAGUGGCCCGGGACCUGGUGCUUCAUUAGCACCGGGGGAGGGGGCAAUGGGACCAGCUCUUCGCGCACCUGGGGCAACCUUUUCUUCGCCUCCACCUUUGCCUUCCUGGGACUCUCAGCGUUGACCGUCACCUUCGCCUGCAACCUGGCCACCAUUAAGGCCCUGGUAUCCCGCUGCCGGGCCAAGGCCUCCGCAUCGCAAUCCAGCGCCCAGUGGGGCCGGAUCACGACUGAAACCGCCAUCCAGCUUUUGGGGAUCAUGUGCGUGCUGUCGGUCUGCUGGUCGCCAUUGCUGAUAAUGAUGUUGAAAAUGAUCUUCAAUCAGACAUCAGUUGAGCACUGUAAGACGCACCCAGAAAAGCAGAAAGAAUGCAACUUGUUCUUAAUAGCUGUUCGCCUGGCUUCCCUGAACCAGAUCUUGGAUCCCUGGGUUUAUCUGCUGCUAAGAAAGAUCCUUCUUCGAAAGUUUUGCCAGAUCAGGCACCACACAAGCAACUACGCAUCCAACUCCACUUCCUUACCCCACCGGUGCUCCUCAACAUUGAUGUGCAGUGACCAUUUGGAAAGAUAAUGAAAGAACGGAGAAGAACUUUUUAUUGCAAUUCCUGCUUUCUUGAGUUUGUGCAUUUCUUCCCACCUGAGAAGAAUUUUAUAUUUUGAUAUAGAUUGUCUCUUCAUUUUUGUCUUUUCUUAUUUUGAUGUUUUGUUUUGUUUUUUUUCUCAUGAGUAAUACCCACUGAGACCAGGCUUAUUAUUAUAACCUACGCCUCUGAAUGUUAAAUUGGCUUCUUGGACUGGAUUUUAAGUACUCAUUUAAGAAGUUGGGCAGGAUUUCACAGAUGAUGAU